AUGGCUGCCGCAGUUGCUUCAUUGUUUGGAUACAAAUCCUCAACUCUAGAGGUCAAUAAACCUCAGAAAAUCCACAAUGACACACUCAAAGCCCUUCCAGCUUCCUGGUAUAGCUCGCCAGAGAUGUACGAGCUGGAACGAAGAGCAAUCUUUUCCAAGAAAUGGGUCUUGAUCACCCACAAACUGCGCUUCACAACAGCCGGCGACUUUCUCAAGAUCGAAGAAGCUGGCUUCUCAUUCGUACUAUGUCUGGACCGAGAAGGCAACUUGAACGGCUUCCACAACAUCUGCCGCCACCGAGCAUUCCCUCUCAUAUCGGAAAACGAGGGCAAUGCGAGAAUUCUCUCGUGCAAAUACCACGGCUGGUCUUACGGCCUUAAUGGCAAGCUAGCCAAGGCACCGAAGUUCGACGAAGUACCCGACUUUGACAAGCAAAGCCAGAGCUUAUUUCCCGUGCAUGUGCAUGUCGAUAAGCUGGGCUUCAUCUGGGUCAAUCUUGACGCGUCUCCGAAUCCAAUUCCUUGGGAAGAGGACUUCAAGGGCGUGGAUGAGCAAGAGCGGUUCCAGAAGUACGACUUCAGCCAAUACAAGUUCGAUCACACUUGGCAGAUGACAGGCAACUAUAAUUGGAAAACCCUGGCUGAUAAUUACAACGAGUGCUACCAUUGUACCGUUGCUCACCCCGAUGUGGCCAAUCUGGCAGAUCUGUCAUACUACUAUACCAUCUCAACACCGGGGCAUAUUCAGCAUUUCUCCCGACCGCAGGAAGGCAAGGUGUCGGAGGAUAUUCAGAAUGCCAGUACUUAUUAUUUCCCCAAUGCCUGCAUGACCGUCUCGCCUCACUUUUUCUACAUGAUGAGAUGUGUUCCCACGUCUGUUGGAACAUGCUCUAUGGAAUAUGAAGUUUACCGCCACAAAGAGGCCUCAGAUGAGGACUUCGAGCACAUUGAUUCCUUCUUUAAGCGGGUUCUGGACGAAGAUAAGCAUUUGUGUAAUGCGGCACAGAAGAACUUGAAUGCUGGAGUGUUUGUCAAUGGGCAACUUCACCCUCGUCUUGAGAGUGCACCAAUUUACUUCCAGAAUACUGUCAGAGCUCUUCUUGUCUCUCAUAGAGAUGAAGAGAGGAGUGAGAAGCGGGAGAUUUGGCCAGCGCGACAACAUUCAGCGGGCCAGGCCACCGCAGAGGAUAUUGCCUUUUGCGCCGGGGCCGAUGUGCGAGUUGAAAAACACCAAAGAGAUGAGGCAGCAGUACUGAUUCAAGAUCGCGAUAGCUCGAACCACCAAGUUGGAAUUCGUCGGUCGAGCUCGGACCGGCUUGAUAGUCGCGAAAAUACUUCGGAAUCAAAUGAUGUCCAGGAAACGCUUCCUCAGCGACGGACCUCUAGGGACGAGAUAAUCGCUCCCCAAGUUGCCAAUCCGUUGCCCUUUACGAUGCCCCCAAAGGAAAUUGUUGCAGAGGGCUUCGCUCUUUAUUUCAAAUACUGCCACAAACAACCACUGUGGCUCUUUGAUCCCGAUGAGAUGUCCAUGCCAGAGACUUGUCGCAGUGAGGUCAUAUUUGGCACACUCAGUCUUGCUUUACGAUAUUCAAAUAAUCAGUUCCUGGAAGGGCGGACUGAUCAAAUGUGUCGACACUACGCCGAAGCUGCACGCAGCUAUGCCAUGUUUCGAAUUGCUCAGGGCACUGUGGAUUUGUCAACGAUUCAAAGUCUUUGCCUCAUUACCCUGGCUGGAUAUAUCGCAAAUGAUACCCAUCUCGUUUGGCUCCACAUCGGUCUCGCAGCAAAUCUCGCUCAGUGUGCGGGUAUUGAUAUCGAAAUGCACGAAGGCGAACUAGAUCCGAUAUUAGAAGCGCAAAGAAGGGUGUUCUGGAGCAUUCAUCUUCUUAAGCAACAUUAUGCCCCACACAGCAUGCAAUUGAAUAUGCUCCGGGACAUUCACAGCCCGAAGUACAUGGCUGUCAAUAUAGAUUCGCCGCGGGAGAUGGGUAUGAAGCCACCACAGACACCCCAAGAAAACGGCGCCUUCACAUCUCGAGGAGGCAUAUGGGUAUACAUGGUGCAGCUAGCUACGCUUUGGAGCGAAGUCCAGCAAUAUGUUUCCCAUUGUGCGAGUGGAUACUCCACUCCUCCCUGGUCUGUGGAGUCUGGCUACUCUAUAAUCGGGGCUCAUCUGAUGGACAUUGAAACUAAAUUUCCCACUUGCAAUCGAUACGACUCGGUGAGAUUUCAAGAUCAAUCGCGAGAAGAAUUGCAUCGUGAUCGAGGCUUCUGGAGUCCCUGGCUGUACCUCCAAUUCACUUACCACGCCGUACACAGCGUGCUCAACCAUCCUUUCCUAUACUCCUGGCGCCCGCAACAGUCUUCCCAGCUGGCUGUGCCAAACACAUUUUGGAAAACAUCUUCUGAACUAGCUCUAAUCCACACGACAUGGACCGUUCGACUAAUCGGUAUGAUCAAAGAAAAAGAAUAUGAAAUUUCCGAUCCCUUCCUUUGCCACGCAGUGGCUAUUGCAGCUACGAUUCAUCUCUAUUAUUGCUGUGCUGCAGACCCGGUCAUGAGAGACUCGGCCCAACGAAAGCUGGAAACGUGCACACAAUUUUUAAGCGAUCUAGCCACCAAGUGGCCACGGUGUCAAGCACUACACCAAAAAGUUCAAGAUCUCGUCCAAUCCGCAUUUGCUGUCAGUCCCCGGGCAAAUAACCACCGCCUAGCUCGGCGAACAUUAUCUAUAGAUACGGCCUUGAUGUGGGAAAUUCUUUGCCACAGCUCUAGCAAGGCAUCGUUUGCACCCCCGAGAGAUGGUCUCUUCGAUGCCUCAUUUACACCACCCCCGUCCAAGAAUUCAGACAAGGUGACAGUUGAAACCGAGAUCUUUCAUCAUUCUGCUCGGGCGGUGGAUACGUCUGAUGGUGGUCAAGCAUUGCCACCUUAUUCUAGCACUCUGCAAGAUCGGGCUGGUCCUGAGAAUUCUGAUGAUGAUCAACUAUGGACUCGAAGCAACUUGAACUCCGUUGAUCACGGCCCAAAUUAUCAACUCCCACGAGAGCCACAGGGGUGGCCAGGGCCGGGGGUCUUGGCUGAUAUGUCGUUUAUGGAUACUACACAUGAUCCGUUCUUUCAAUUCCAAGAUAGCGAGAAUCCUUAUCAGGGCGUUUGGGAGGUGGGGAAUCUGUAG